AUGGUGUUAAUAUUAAUAUUUGCUUUAGGUUUUUCUAUUAUUAGUAUAUUAAUUGUUUUAAUUCAACCUUUGAGGUUGGGGUUUUUGAUUAUAUUAAUUAGGAUUUUUAUAAGAGUUUUAAUUUCUUUUUUUGUUUAUUCUUGAUAUGGGUAUAUGUUAUUUUUGGUUUAUGUAGGUGGUUUAUUAGUGAUAUUUAUAUAUAUUAUUAGUCUUAUUCCUAAUUUAAUUUUUUUUUCUAAAGGUUUAAUUAUAUAUAUAUUGAUUGGUAUUGUAAGAUUUUUUUUUAUAAAUAUAAUUUCUAUAUAUUGAUAUUUAGAUAUAAAUGUGAUGGUUAUGAAGAUAAUAGAGAUUAAGAUUUUAAGGUUGGGUAUAUCUAGGUUGUUAAUAAGAGGAUUUAAUUUUUGUUGUUAUGUAUUUUUAGGAAUUUUAUUGUUAUUAAUUUUAGUAAGAGUUGUUAAAAUUUGUUAUUAUUGUGAGGGUCCAUUACGUGUAUUUAAAUAUAAAUAUGCUUAG